AUCCGUUCAAGGCAAGCAUUAUAACCUGUAGUUGGAAUUGUAACCCCGACACAGUGAGAGACCGAGCAGGAAACAGCAGCUUCAUUUACACUGGAACAAAGUUUGCUGAGCUGUAGGGCUUUACCCCCUCUUAAAUGGGUUAAAACCAGUAGUUUGAUCAAUUAGUUUGAAAUUUUGGAGCAGGCUGGUGUCGGUUAUUAGAGGGGGAGGGAAAGGAUGGUGGAUGUGGCAAAAUUACUUUCACUUUCUCUAUGAGAGGAGAGGCAGACGAGAAAGGGACAGUGAGACUAAGGAUUAACAUAAGGAACAAAAACGCUGAAACAUGUAAAGAAGUGUGGAAGAGGUAUCUGUACAUAGACAGCAACUAUAUUUGACCACAACUAAAUUUACAGCAGUUAAAGAAUCCAAAGAUCUGUGGGGAGAAAGACCAAAGCACUGCAGAUACUGGCAAGUAAAUAUAUAUCCUGGUUAAACAAACAUGGCGCUUCUCACAAUGUGUGGACCUACUCAGAGUCACGACUGGCGAAUGCCCCUCUACGGAGGUACCAUCUCUCCAACAAUUCCUUUCCGGGUCUGCAAUACUGAGCUGGCAGUGCCUCCUGGAUAUCAGCCUGCAAAGUUUCUACAACAUCUGGAGGAAGGUGUAGAUGAUGUGAAGAUUGAGCCUUGGCAUGGGACUACCACACUUGCAUUUAAAUUCCAGCAUGGAGUCAUAGUAGCAGUAGAUUCACGAGCAUCAGCUGGAUCUUAUAUCUCUACUAUUAAGUUUAACAAAGUGAUAGAAAUUAACCCCUACCUGCUGGGCACCAUGUCUGGAAGUGCUGCAGAUUGCCAGUACUGGGAGCGACUGCUGGCUAAAGAGUGCAGGUUAUACCAGCUAAGAAAUAACUCAAGAAUAUCUGUAUCUGCUGCUUCAAAGCUAAUGUGCAAUAUGAUGUUACAGUACAGAGGAACAGGCCUGUCUGUGGGCAGUAUGAUCUGUGGUUGGGAUAAGAAGGGGCCUGGUCUAUAUUAUGUGGAUGACAAUGGUACAAGGUUAUGUGGUGACAUCUUCUCUACGGGAUCAGGAAAUUCAUAUGCCUAUGGUGUGAUGGACAGUGGCUAUCGUUUUGAUUUGACCCCAGAAGAGGCCUAUGAUCUGGGCCGUAGAGCAAUUAGCUAUGCCACGCACCGUGAUGCCUACUCAGGAGGAUGUGUUAACUUAUACCACAUGAAAGAGGAUGGCUGGGUGAAGAUUGGACAGUUUGAUGUGAGCGACUUACUGCACAAAUUUACUGAGGAGAAGAACAUGUGACUUAGAGGAAGCAGUGGAAGUUUCAAUUAACUCCCAGCCUUUUGCAUAAUUCCUUCUGUGUGGUUUUGUCCUAAACCCAUAUUAUAUCCAUUUCACGCAUGUUAAAACCAAAUCAGGUAUUUGGAAAUUAUUCGGAAUAAAAAUGGAUUAUUC